AACCGGAAUGGAUAAUCGCCGAUGAGUCCGAACUUUGUAAUUGGAGGGGGAUUGGUUCUGGUUGGGGUUUCGGUCAAAAAGAAACACUAGCGCUAAAGGACAGGUUCGAGUGGAGAAGUCGGCGUGGGCGACCCGAGCGUUUCUUCAUCAAUAUACGGAUUUCAAUUCUUCUUCCACUUUGUAGAAAUCCAAUUUUCCUUUAGAUCAAUCGCAGUUUUGAGGACCAUGCGUUGUUGGUGUGUGUUGAGUUGCUGAUAAAAUCGUCUUUUUGGCUCAUCAUCGUUGGGGAUUUUGCGGGUUGUUGCUUCGAAGAGAUGGACUUGGUUGCUAAUUGCAAGGAUAAAUUGGCUUAUUUUCGAAUAAAAGAGCUCAAGGAUAUUCUCACUCAACUAGGUCUCUCAAAGCAAGGAAAGAAGCAGGACCUUGUUGAGCGGAUACUAGCCAUUCUUUCUGAUGAGCAAGUUUCAAAAAUGUGGGCAAAGAAAAAUGCUGUUGGAAAGGAUCAAGUGGCAAAACUAGUUGAAGACACGUACAGAAAGAUGCAGGUUUCUGGGGCCACGGAUUUAGCUUCUAAGGGUCAAGGUGUCUCAGACAGUAGUAAUGUGCAGGUAAAAGGUGAAACAGAUGAUUCUUUGCAAUUAGAUACAAAGGUUCGAUGUCUCUGUGGAAGUGCUUUGCAAACAGAAUCAAUGAUUAAGUGUGAGGAUCCACGGUGCCAAGUAUGGCAGCACAUUAGUUGUGUUAUAGUCCCGGAGAAACCUACGGAAGGAAAUUCACCAUACCCUGAACACUUCUAUUGUGAGAUCUGUCGACUCAAUCGUGCAGACCCUUUUUGGGUUUCAGUUGCACAUCCUCUGUUUCCCGUAAAGCUGAUAACCACAAUGUCUACAAACAUUCCAACGGAUGGUACAAAUCCAAUGCAGAGUGUGGAUAGAACGUUUCAACUCACGAGGGCAGAUAAGGACCUACUUUCUAAACCGGAAUACGAUGUUCAGGCCUGGUGUAUGCUUUUGAACGAUAAAGUUCCAUUCAGGAUGCAAUGGCCUCAGUAUGCAGACUUACAAAUUAAUGGUUUGGCUGUUCGUGCCAUUAAUAGACCCGGCUCUCAACUUUUGGGGGCUAAUGGUCGUGAUGAUGGCCCAAUUAUCACAGCAUGCACGAAAGAUGGAAUGAAUAAGAUAACAUUAACAGGGUGUGAUGCUCGAACUUUUUGUUUAGGGGUUCGAAUUGUGAAGCGACGCACUGUUCAACAGAUUCUAGGCAUGAUUCCUAAGGAGUCAGAGGGUGAACGUUUUCAAGAUGCUCUUGCUCGUAUUUGCCGUUGCAUUGGUGGUGGGAACACUGCAGAUAAUGCUGAUAGUGAUAGUGACUUAGAGGUUGUUGCAGAAUUUUUUGGGGUUAAUCUACGCUGUCCUAUGAGUGGUUCAAGGAUGAAGAUUGCUGGACGAUUUAGUCCUUGUGCUCAUAUGGGAUGCUUUGAUCUUGAAGUGUUCGUAGAAUUGAAUCAACGUUCAAGGAAGUGGCAGUGUCCAAUUUGUCUGAAGAACUAUGCAUUGGAGAAUGUUAUUAUAGACCCUUAUUUCAACCGUAUAACAUCUAUGAUGAGACAUUGUGGAGAAGAUGUUACAGAAAUUGAGGUUAAGCCUGAUGGUUCCUGGCGUGUGCGGUCAAGAACUGAAAGUGAGCGCAGGGAACUUGGUGAUCUUUGCCUGUGGCACUCCUCUGACGGCACUUCGUGUGUUACUAAUGAGGAAGUUAAACCAAAGAUGGAAGCAUCGAAGCAGAUAAAGCAGGAAGGUGGAUCAGAUCGUGGUCUGAAACUUGGCAUCAGGAAGAAUAGUAAUGGAUUUUGGGAAGUCAGCAGACCUGAAGAUAUCAAUACUUUCACUUCUGGUAGUAGAUUACCGGAGAAUUAUGGGGGUCAUGACCAGAAGAUUAUCCCAAUGAGCAGCAGUGCCACAGGCAGUAGGGAUGGUGAAGAUCCAAGUGUAAACCAGGAUGGUGGUGUAAACUUCGAUUUCUCAACCAAUAAUGGGAUUGAGAUGAAUUCCCUGUCCUUACAUGUUGACUCAGAGUAUGGAUUUACUGAACAAAAUCCUAUUGCUCCUGUAGGUGAAGUCAUUGUUCUAAGUGAUUCAGAUGAAGAAAAUGACAUUUUAGUUUCCUCUGGAACUGUUUAUCAGAGCAACCAUACAGAUGCAGGUGAGAUUUCUUUCUCCAUGCCACCUCCUGGACUCGCUGAUGCAUAUCCUGAAGAUCCAACCCUAUUAUCGGCUGGAAAUUCAUGCUUGGGUCUUUUUAAUUCCCAUGACGAUGAAUUUGGCAUGCCUGUUUGGUCAUUACCCCCUGGAGCUCAAGGAGGUGCUGGAUUCCAAUUGUUUAGCUCUGAUGCAGAUGUAUCAGAGGCUCUAGUUGACUUGCAACAUGACUCCAUUAAUUGUUCCACCAUGAAUGGCUAUUUAGCUACCCCAGAGGCAGCUAUAAGUCCCGCAUCUCUUGUUCCAGGUUCUUCAAUUGGUCAUACUGAUGGUGAAAUGAAUGACAGCUUGGUUGAUAAUCCAUUAGCUUUUGCUGGUGAUGAUCCAUCUCUUCAAAUAUUUCUUCCUACCAGGCCUUCAGUUGCCCCUAUGCAGUCUGAUUUCAGAGACGAGGCUGAUGUAUCAAAUGGUGUUCAUACUGAAGAUUGGAUCUCUCUCAGGCUUGGGGGUGAUGCAGGCGGUAGCAAUGGGGGGGAGUCCACAGCCUCCAGGGGUUUAAAUUCAAGACAGCAUAUUCCAUCAACAGGAGGCGAAAUCAAUUCAUUGUCUGAUACUGCUUCUCUGCUUCUUGGAAUGAAUGAUGUUAGACAUGACAAAGCAAGUAGGCAAAGAUCAGGUAGUCCUUUCUCAUUCCCUCGCCAGAAACGUUCGGUCAGACAGCGGAUGUUCCUUUCUAUAGACUCCGAGUCAGAGUAGGCUUUGGACUUUAGGUGACCAAGAAUUGUUACUGCUCUCAUUUGAAUUUUUUUCUGGGGAUAGGCAAGACCGUACAUAUUCAUUUUGGUCCAUCUCAUCUUCAAACUUCAAAGUAUUUUCAAUAUUUUGUGGGAAAGAAAGUCGUUACACUCAUUGUGCUCAUAAGCGAGCCAUCGUCGUGAAAUGAAACUAGCGAAAGCAAUCUGGCCAGUCAUUUGGGAAAUAGGUAGAUAUGGGACACCUUACCCCAACAUCAACUCUCUUCACUCCUGACGGCUAGUCCUGAGAUGGCUGGCAGGCUGGUAGGAUGGCUUGUGUGUGUAGUGUGCGGGGUUAAACUGUACAGAGAGAUGUGGUCACAUGAAUUGGGUAGCCGUCAUGUAAUACAAAUUUUUUCCUCUACGAUGAGAGCAAUUAGCUGUAAAUAGCUUUGAUUGAGAUUUAGUUUAUUUAUAGAAAUUAAUUUUACACCAGAAAGCAA